GCAGGAAGCGCGAGCAUUCUCAGAACACAGCUCGAGCUGACCGAGCUGGUUUGCGCGCACACGAGCAACACCCAGCGCGAGCCUGUUGUUUUUGUGUAUUAGCACGGGAUUUGUUUUUCCUCUUAUUUUAAUGCAUCGUGACUCAGAUUCGCUUUUUAUGACGGAUGUUUCUUUCGCGCUGCCAACAUGGCCGUGGUGGACCAAAAUAACGUCAUUCACGACUCCUCCGAAAGGGAUCGGUUGCUGUCCCCAAUGACUGGUUAUGGUUCCCAUGACUGCAACAUUGACCAUGGCAACUCCAAAAUGUACCCCGGGACAGGGGCCUGGGUUUCCACAGAUCAGGAAGAGGAAGAGCUGAGGAGGAAGUUGAAAUAUUUCUUCAUGAGCCCAUGUGAUAAGUACCAUGCCAAGGGCAGAAAGCCAUUCAAACUGGUCCUGCAGCUCUUAAAGAUCAUCAUAGUGACAGUACAGUUAGUGCUGUUUGGGUUGAGUAACCAGAUGGUGGUGACAUUUAAGGAAGAAAACACAGCCUCCUUUAAACACCUUUUCCUUAAGGACUACAGCGACGGUUCCGACGACACGCUGGCGGUGUACACGCAGAGCGACGUCUAUGAUAACAUCAAUUACGCAAUCGAACAGUACCUGCACUUGCCGGAAACCACUGUGGGACGCUAUGCGUAUGUGUACGGAGUGGGGUACAACGGUAGUGCUUUGUCUCUCUGCCAGCAAUAUUAUAAAAAAGGCCGCAUCGACCCAGCCAAUGACACCUUCACCAUCGACCCACAUGUUAUUACAGCAUGUGUAGGAAUCUCGCCACUCAACGUACCUGAUGGCUUUUUAAAAAGUGACUACAAAAACUUUACUCUUAAAUUUCACAAGCUCAUCAAUGUUACAAUACAGUUUCAGCUAAAGGCUAUAAAUCUCCAGACUAUCAUAAACAACGAGAUUCCAGACUGCUACACUUUUGUAAUCACGAUCGUCCUGGACAAUAAGGCUCACAGCGGCAAGGUAAAGAUCAGUCUGGAUAACCAGGUCUCUAUCCAAGAGUGCAGAGACCCCAGUGUGUCCGGCCACGCUGAGAGCUACACCCGGGUGGCCUUUGAUGUGGUCGUAGCGCUGAUUUGUGGCCUGUCUCUCUUGCUCUGCGGGCGCUCUAUUGUCAGAGGAUUCCUCCUUCAGCAAGAGUUCGUACGGUACUUUAAAAGCAAACUGAAUCGGACGGUGUGUUGGGGCGACAGGAUGGAGUUCAUUAACGGCUGGUACAUCCUGCUCAUCAUCAGCGAUCUCCUCACCAUCGUCGGAUCCUUCAUAAAGAUCGGCAUCGAGUCUAAGAACAUGUCGUCCUAUGACGUGUGUGGGAUUUUGUUGGGAACGUCGACCCUGUUGGUGUGGGUGGGGGUGAUUCGCUACCUCAGCUUCUUCCAGAAGUACAAUAUUCUGAUCGUGACACUGCGUGCAGCGUUUCCUAACGUGAUCCGUUUCUGCUGCUGUGUGGCAGUGAUCUAUCUGGGCUACUGCUUCUGUGGCUGGAUCGUUUUAGGGCCAUACCACGUCAAGUUCCGCUCGUUGUCCAUGGUGUCCGAGUGCCUGUUCUCUCUGAUAAACGGAGACGACAUGUUCGUCACCUUCAGUGGCAUGCAGGAGAGCAGCACACUGGUGUGGGUCUUUAGCCAGGUGUACCUGUACACAUUCAUCUCUCUGUUCAUUUACAUGGUGCUGUCGCUCUUCAUCGCCCUCAUCACCGGGGCAUACGAGACCAUCAAGCACCAAACUCAGGAGCCCAUUCACAUCACCGAUUUGCAUGCAUUCAUCGCCGAGUGCAAGGACACACCCAGCUCGGGGAAGUUCCGGGGAGUGGAGACAUCAGCAUGCUCCUUUUUCUGCUGCUGUGACAGGACCACGACCUAUGAAGACGUCCUACUGGUCAACUAAUCAUUUAACCACUAGCUCUUGCGCUCCCUGCUGGUGACAGUGUGAUGCUGCAGCCAUUCCCUGGUUAGAACACUGGAUCAGAGAUACAAGAUACCAAGUCCUGCAGCCAACAGACGUUUAUCUCCACACACUCGUCACACACGCUGUAGGAGAGAGGAUUUUUCCUCCUGGAUGUGAUGGUGAAAAGGAAAUGAGAAUCCAGCAAUGGAAACAACAAACAAGCAAUUUCUGUCAAUCACCCAGUUCACAGAGAGCAGCAGCAGCACUAUGUUAGUGCAAUGCACAAACUUUAUUUGAGACAACAGUCUUUGUUUAGUUAGUGUUUUACGUGUCGUAUUUAACAUGAUUUUAGUGUUGUUAAGUUGGCAGGAGCUUACUUACAUGUAGAGAUCCUGUUCAUGUUUUUUUUGUGUGUACAUGUGUUGUUUUAAACUAAAGAUAAAUCUUUGCUAACUUGUCGUUUUUGAAGUAGAGGAAUUGCCGUUGCACCAUACAUCACUUUCACUACCCCACACGUUGCACUAAUCACUUCCUCCUUGUUUCUUUCGGGAUUAUAUGCCUUAGUGAGACGUUUUGUAAUAUAUUAUUCGAGUCAUCCCCACUGGUUAGUAGAGUAUCUGCUGAGACAAAUGAUUUGGCCCUCCGAUGUCCAAUCAGGACAAAUGAGGCAACAUGUCCGGACAUGUCUCCUGUCUAUUCAGAAAGCUUCCUCUAUUACAAAAGCACGUAGGCGUGUUUUUUAUUUUGUUUGUUUUUUCGUUAACUAUUAUGUGAGGGGCCAUAAAUGGAUUUUGUGCUGCUUUUAUCUUCUGCCAAAAUUCUACACGUCUUCUCUGUGUCCUAAACCAGUUCUUAUUUGCUGCAUUCAAAUGAAUCUUAUUUCAAACCCGAGACAAAUCUGAACCACUUCAGAUAAGGUGGGCCUGAAUUCGGACUAGUAUGUAAAGAUUACAAAUACGCUCGAGGGCAUUAAACCUUUGCAAGCUUGGCAAGCAUUAGACAUGUUUAGUUGGGUCAGACAUUUUGGAACAGGAUGUUCACUCUCUCCGAUGCUGCAGAGGGGGUUAGGGCUGCUCUCCUGUUCCUGGAUGUAAAUAAGCUCAGCAGGGUGUGCAGCGCCGUUUUCUUUAAAAUAGGAUUCUCUGAAGACGUGUAACAGCAUGACCUACAUCUUAAACAAUACAGUCCAUGUGUAUGCUGGAUUUUAAAGAUGCAGCUGCAGCCAAGUGCAACUAUGGCUUCUGAUGAGGACCGAACUAGAUUUUACCUCCUUUAUUAUUCCGAAAUGAAUUGUUGCAGUGAUUCAGUAUGUUUAAUUUCUUGUCUCCGACUUAAUCAUUAUGUACAGAAUUUUAACUUAUUCAUGCGUACCCUUACUGGUCACUUUAUUAGGAACAUUUAAAGUAUAUACAGUAUAUAGUUAUCCAAUCAGGUACAUGAUUGGUUUAUUAACUGCAUUAAUGUGCAGGUGUACAGAGGGUUCUCAUAAAGUGAUUGGUGAGUAAGUGUACUAUAAUUAGGUUUUAUGUACUGUAUAUAAGAGGUUUUACAUGCACCAGCAGUGAAGAUCAUGCAUUUAAUGGUACAGUAACGCACACAUUUUUUUUCCCUCAGGUUCCUUUUUAGGCUGAUUGCAAUUACUGUGAGAACUCGUUACAAUAGAAAAUGGUGAACUGACCCAAGAUCAGUCUGUUAAGGCUCUCAUGUCUACUUGAAUGAAGUUUCUAAACAAUUCCAUUUUUUUGUGUCAUUAUUUGAGUUAUAUAAAAUGUAAAUAUUUAAAAAUUCCGUUUUUGUCUUUUCCCAUGAUCAUCAUACUUGGUGAAUAGAUUAUACUGAUAAAAGCAUCUCAUUUUGAUAGCUUUCUACAAACAGCUGUUUUGGACACUUUUAAGGCAGAUCUUUUCUUUUCUUUUGUCUGAUUAUUUUAUCAGUUUCUUUGCACGUAUGUAUAAUCUGUUCAUUGUAUCAAUUUAUUUUGCACUUGUAGUUUUCAACUUACAACAGAGAAAAUCAUUGAUUCUGUUGUUGUAUAAAAAGUUCCUAUAAUG